CGACGUUGCUCUGUCUCUUCACUUUUCUUAUUCCUUCCAGGUUCCAAACGAGAGUUCGCGAGGGAAUCUUUCCCGAUGGCGCCCUGCGCUUGCUAGACGACCGAAUACCCCCUAUUCAGUUACGAAAUACGACGACAUCGAACAAAGAUACAACACUGCAUCCCUCGACCGCAUAGCCAACCCCCCUCCCCCGAGCCGAGAGGCGAGACACGAGACGCGCCGCGUUACCCAGCUGUCUGGGCUUAUUGCACCAUCUGAUACGCGCCCAGUAUAAGGACCGAGCCAAUUUCGCCCCAAUCACGCGACCCCUCAAACAAAUGGAAGAAGAAUCGAGAAUGGCGGACGUGGACAGGUUCAUGGACGAUGUGGCGGUGAUUGACGACAACAGCAGCAGCAAAGAGGAGGCGGACACCGCAGCGACAGGUAGUACGACCAACACCAACAACAACAAAAGCGGGGGCCUUGGAGCUGGAGCUGGUUUCUUGACCAAAACAAGAUCCCUUUCGGACGGCGGCGCAAAGGAAACACCAAAGCUCUCGCCAGCACCGCACAUCUUCUGCGAUCCGCGACGAAAGUCCCAGGAUGAUAUUGCCAUCCGGGAUAAAGAACGAGGGGCAGACGGCAACAGCGCUUUCUCUGCGCAACCAUCAACUCCCGUGCGCGCGGGGUUCGCAGUCAGAGGCCUAGCGCUGCAACUACCCCAGCUUCCACUUGGUGGUGAAGGUGAUGCGGCACUCCUUUCAGGUUAUGCACGUCUCCAACAGCCGCACGUGGAUAUCAACACCAACCUGAAUGCCACCACUCCACCGUUGGCGCUUUCACAAGCCCAUUCCCAGUCCCAGUUGCAGUCCCAUCAACCACCCCCAUCCCACCCUGCGGGAGCGCCCGCCUCCGCCUCCGCCUCCACCCCCUCCGCCUACGUCAAACCCGCCGCCCCUGCCCCGCUCUCACCAAAGCUUGACCAUUCUCACAUCUACGCCUCGCCCUCGCCCAACAUCCUGCCCCGUCGCUCACGCGGCCUCGACUUUAGCCGUGCAGCCACCACCCUCCACCAUUCCACCGUCGUCGACCAGGCCUCGCCCAGCUCUUCUCCCACCAUUGGGUCGAGGGCCAUGAACAUCCCCUCAGGUCCUGGUCGCUGGCCCUGCGACCAAGGCACCGCCAUGGAGCAGACGUCAAGCUCGCUGUGGUCCCUCAUGGCCAACAACCGCGGCCACCACGAGCGUGGGCAUGUCUCCAGCUCCCUGGGCAGUCAGGCUCCCCAUGCCCUACUCACCGACACCUCGUCUAGCUCGGACGACGACGACCUUAUGGACGAGGACAUGGAGGAGCCCAUUGUCACCACGCCCUCGGCAAACAAGAUGGCCAUGGGCGGGCAGCACCCAUGGAUGCCUGGUGGCAGCUCGCCAGCAGUCAACAAUCUACUAAGUUUCCAGCAGCGUCAGCGCAGGAAGCAGCCAAAGAGCCGGAAACACAAGACACCGCUGGGUUUGGGCUUCCAUCCCACCACUCCCAUGGGUGCGGCCAUGUCCAUGUCUCCGCCACAAGGCUUGGACGGCCCGCAGCCGAGGAGGGAGAGCAUCAGCUGGGCGGCCAAUCAGCUACACAUCUCCGGCAGUGAGAGCGACGAUCCUAGCAGGCAGCUUGAAGCGGUCGACAGCCCGUCCCGACCAGGGGUCAUUCGGCGGACUGUGACCCGUCAUAGGGGAAACUUGCUGCCCAAGACCAAGGGUUUUGCCCGCAUCCGCGCUGCCCUUCUCGAGGAGAGCGCACCUAUCGAUGCCGAAGUCAAGCGUGAAGCCGAAGUUGUCCGACAAGUACGGGAGAGCGACAUGGAUCUAGAACCCAGGUUACCAAUCUCCGCUUUAACGAGUCCGAACCUGAUGCCGACCCAUGACAGCAUGGACGAUGUCGACGCGAUGAUGAUGGACUCGAAUGGAAGCAGCAGUGGCAACGGCAACACCACGCCUGGUGGCAUUCCCGGUGGCAUACCUGGCAGCAGUAGCUUCAAACAGCAGGUCCUAAAGAACUCCAAGGGCAAGAUGUUUUGGGACACGUUUUCGGAGAGUGGGGCAAGCAGCAACGGGAUGCGAACACCGCCAAAUUUUGGACUGCCGAGGGGCUCAUCAUCAGCCAUGAGCAUGGACGAUAUGAGCAUGGACUCGCCGUCUUCUCGAUCCGAGAGCCAACUGAGGCAAGGCCCCACGCCUUUUGUUCUGCCGCCAUCCGGAAAUCCGCCAACAACUUCAUCAUCUUCAUCUACCACAUUAGCCAGCACCAGCUUUCCGGGCGCCGCAAAUGGUGUUCCCACGGCAGCCGAAAUUACGCGCCGAAUCAACAACAAGCGACGCCGAGAUGACGACCUCGACCCGAUGAGUUUCAAACGACGAGCCGUCAGCCCCGGAAUGGGCUCACCAAUCUUGCAGAGCCCAAUGCAGAGGGACCUAGCACCCUGGGGCCCGAGUUCAUCACGGCCGGGUAGUGUCAAUGGGGACGGGGUUAGGCAACAACACGAAAAUCUCCAAAAUGGCGCUAUGAUGGUGGGAGGAGCUACUACACCAGUCCAUGGAAGACCCAGUUUCAGCACAGGCAAAAGGGUCGGGCUCCAAGGCAUGGUUGACACCAAUGAUGGGAUCACACGGCUCAGCAUUGAGUAAGCGAAUAACCGAUCUUGCUGACGCCAGGGUCCGCCAGAUUGAAGGAAAGAGAUUUACAAGAUAUGGAUACAAGCGACGCAACACACCCUAAAGGGUUAUGGCCGUGUGCAGAAAUAAGGCACGGAACACAAAAUACACGCAUGGAUUGAUGAACAAUUUUGGGAACAAGCAGCCCUGAGCAUAGCGCCCCAUAAUCAGCGUUCUGAAGCAGUUAACAUAGGACCUGCAGCCGAUCGACCGACUUGAGAAAACACAUCUUCUUUGGUCCUUUAACAAGGUAGGGACUCAAGAGACAGGGAGUAACAAGAAGAUCCCCGCGAAAUGGAACGGGGUUGUAUAAGUAUACAUAUGAUGCUCGGAAGGGAGCAUCGGUAUUUCUUUACCUGGAAGUCUGCCAGAAGUAUUACACUACGUUGUUUGAAGGCAGUUUAGACUUGCCCGGUUCUGGUGUGAAGCCCCAAGUCUAUCCAGUGGCUGGGUUGGAAUUUGAUAGCGCAUCAGUUCCAUUCUACUUAUUCAGGAGAGCAUAGGUAAUAAAGAGCCUCUCGAUGACAUCA